GGCGCGCACCGAAGUCCCAACUCAAACUGCCUGACCCGGGUUUCCAGCAGCAGCUCCCGCUCCGGCACGAUCGCCGGCUAGACAAAAAAGAAAAUUUCCCCGUCGCGCCCGCUCACUACGACGGCUCCGGCCGAGCAGACGCCGCCGCCACGAUGCCGACCGCCACCGGCUCCGUCCCAUCCGCGGCGGGAGCGGGAGAGGAGGUUGCCGCCGGGAUGGUGCUUCUUGGAAGGUACGAGCUCGGCGGCCUGCUUGGCCGCGGCGCGUCCGCCAAGGUGUACCUCGCGCGCGAUCUCCUCACCGGCCGCUCCGUCGCCAUCAAGUCGUUCCCCAACCCCCGCGCCGGGGGCUGCGAGGACGGUCGUCGUCCGGUGGCCAUUGAGCGGGAGGCAGCCAUUCUCCCCCGGCUGCGCCACCGCCACGUGGUGCGCCUCCACGAGAUCCUAGCGACGCGCAAGAAGGUCCAUUUCGUUCUUGACCUUGCCUCCGGGGGAGAGCUAUUCUCCCUCGUCGACGCCUCCGGCCGUAUGACGGAGGCCCACGCCCGCCACUACUUCCGGCAGCUCAUUUCCGCCGUCCGGUACUGCCACACCCGUGGCGUCUACCACCGCGACAUCAAGCCGGAGAACCUCCUCCUCGACGAGGCCGGCGACUUAAAAGUCGCGGACUUUGGGCUCGGCGCUGUCGCUGACGGCAACCUCCGCCACACACUCUGCGGCACCCCCGCGUACGUCGCUCCGGAGAUCCUCUCGAGGAAGGGGUACGACCCGGCCAUGGUGGACAUCUGGUCCUGCGGCGUGGUGCUGUUCGUGCUCGCCGCAGGGUACCUCCCCUUCAACGACGCCAGCCUCGCCAACAUGUACCGCAAGAUCUACGCCGGCAAGUUCCGGUGCCCGAGCUGGUUCUCGCCGGCGCUCCGCGACCUGAUGCGCCGCAUCCUAAACCCCAACCCGGACACCCGCAUUAACACGGACAGCAUCCUGAGCCAUCCAUGGUUCUGCGACGGCGCCAGCGACGACGAGCUGGCCCGCUUCAUGCGUGGCCACGAGGAGGAGGCCCGGUUCAAGCCCGAGUUCAAGGAGGACAUGGCACGGGACAUGACCGCGUUCGACAUACUGUCCUUCUCUCCCGGCUCCGACCUCUCCGGGCUGUUCGGCGCCGGGCCGGGCAAGGAACGGGUGUUUGUGAGCGAGCCCGCAGCCACCGUGCUAAGCCGCGUCGAGGAGGCCGGGAGGAAGGAAGGGUACGGUGUGAGGAGGGAAGGGAAGAGAGGCAACGGGCCGGUCUACGUGGAGGGGGAGAGCGGUGGCAUCGUCGCAAAAGUCAGCGUCUUCAAGCUCGCCGACACAGUGUCGGUGGUCGAGGUCGUGAAGGGCGACGGCGCCGAGGCCGCCCUGUUCUGGACGGACCGGCUCGAGCCGGCCGUGAAGCCCCCAGCAUUGAGCUGAGCUGCCGAGGGUGAAGCCGGGCACUUUGGGGGCGCCGUCGCGCUACUCCUGCCGGCGCUUGCUGGGAUUCGUUUCAGCGCGAGUGAUGUUUUACUUGUGAUUCUUUUGGUUCUUUAGCCCGUGUUCAUGUGUUUUAUGGUGCCUGUCGCACUCUGUGACUGAAGCGCACUAAGCACGAUUUCGUGCCUGGUCGCCGAAAUCAUCUGUAUAAUAAGAAGCAAGAAUCCUUGUGAUGUUGAGACAAAA